AGUGGUGAGUUACUCAACAAAAGCGCACAAACUAAAACAAGGAAAUCCAGAGUUUGUUGUUGUCGUUGUUUGGUCCUUGUGUCUGUGAAGCUCUACCUUGGUUAACCAAAAGGAAAACACGACAAUUGGAGCUUUCAGACAAAGAAGAUAUGUGUGUUAGCCAUGAUGUGGAAGGUCAUACUCUAUUGCUGCUUGCUCACAGAGGCUGGGAGGUUGCCCAUGGUCCUGGCCCAUCAAGCUGACGUUCAGCUUGGUAGUUCAGUCACUCUUCCCUGCCUGGACAUCAAACACACAGACAUUACCGCAGAUCUUGACAUUCAGUGGUGGACCGGAGAGCAUCUGGUCACACGAUUCCAGCUUGGCAAAAUAAUUCAGGGCAGCAGGUACAUUAACAGAACGGAUCUGUCUACCAAGCGUCUCAGAAAAGGAGAUUUCUCUCUCUUGAUCACUCAUACAGAGUAUAGUGACAGCGGACAGUAUCAAUGUGUGCUGAUUAAAAAUGGACAGAGUAUGACUCUUGGAGAGGUCGACCUUGAGGUGAAAGUCCGUAGGCCUCAACGUGCCUUGUUUAUAAAAUCAGGACAAGGUGUCCUUUUGUCAUGUUUCGGCCAUGUUGAUUGGUCAGGCUCAGAAGCUGCAUUUGUGCAGUGGAAGAGAUGGACUCAGGUUGUGGUCCAGUGGAAAUCUGGAUCUCUGUUUGUGGACCCAAUGUUUGAAGGUCGAGUCUCAGUUCUGAAGGACAGAAUCAAACACGGGGACAUUUCUCUCAUUUUUAAUGACACCCGCCCAGACGACCAGGGCUACUAUGUGUGCUUCUUCAAGAAAAAUAAUGACAUCAGACCUGCAGCAGUGAUUAAUCUUACUGUCACAGAAAACAUGUCCAGGAUUACGGCAGAUUCUGGAUCACAGAUUCAACUCCCUCUGCCCAAUGAGUCUCAAGUGUCUCUUAGCUUUCUGCCAGACGGUGGAAACCUCACUGUAUCUGUGUGUGAGGUAGAGCGACAUCUGCUGACGUGUACCAGUCAUUACACAAACCGCACUCUGCUGCACAAUACCACUCUCAUCCUAACAAACAUCACACCACCGGAUUCUGGAACAUUCAUUGUGAGAGACAGAGGUACAGGCAGGACCAGAAGCGUGGUCAUCAUUCAGAUCUUCAAUGUUGGAACUAACAAGAUCACUUUUGGUAUAUCCAUAAUUCCAAUAGUAGCUGGAGUUGUCAUACUAGUGGUACUUUCAGCAUUUUCUGGGUAUUGUUGUCAUAAAAUACAAAAAGUAAGCAGAUCUAUGGAAAGGAACAGGAAAAAGGAAACAGAGAAGGAAACUGAAAUGAAUCUUCUCCAGCCAACAGAAGUCAUCACUCAUGAGGCCACUCGCAGCUGUAAUGAAAGUGCUAUUAUAGAGAUUUGAGGACUUCAAGGUCUUUCUUUUCAUUUCUUUGUGUUAAUUUACACAAUUUUACAUGUUGUAAAGUUUCUUUCUGUUGAAUGUGAAAGGUCUUUAAUUGUGUUUUUACACAUAAUAUUUAAGUAAUAUAUACUUACUAAGAUAUAUGGGUACGGUACACAUAUAUUUUUAUAAAUACUGUUCACAUAUGAGGUUUUGUAAAGUAAAAAAAAAUAUAUAUAUUUUGAUAUAUUGCGUUAUUUUUCAGUUAUAUUUCAAUUUUAAUUUAUGAUGAAUCUAUCUGGCUUUUAUCUAUUUAUCUGUGUUCAAUGUUGUGGCAUUAUUCUUUUGAAAUAAUGAAAAUAUAAUUUUGAAAAAACUGUUUCAGUCAGGUUUGCUUCUAAUAUAAUGAUUAGAAAUGUAAUGUGUUGAAUUCAUUGUUUGUAUUGUAACAGUUAGCAUCAUUUUAACGUUUGUGUACUUGCCCUCAUAUAGGAAGCAUUGUUAAGGUUUGCAUUAUGUAAAUAAAAUACAAGGAAGCGUGAACGUUAAAGUGAAUGUUAUUGUUAUUGCUACUACUAUCCACUAGAUGUCACUUUCCUUUUACAACGGGUGGAUGUUACAACAGGGACUCAGGGAGCAUGUCUUUCGUUCAUACAUUGCUUAAUUUAACAUUACCUUCACAUAAAAGGCAGCGGUUCAUAUGAUUGCAGCCUCUCUUUACAGCUAAUUUUGUUGUUAUACUGUGUCUUAAAUGUAAAAUAACAUGAUCCUGUUUGAUCAAGGUAUGCGACUGUUCUGUUUCAAUAUAGCUAAGUGUGUUUAAAGUUUAA